AUGCCGAAGUUCAACGAUUUCUUCGUGGAAUCAUUUGGCUGGUAUGAACUUCCUUCGGACGACCAUGUCUAUAUUUCCAUGGAGUUCUUCCCGCAUGGCGAUCUUGGACAGAAUCUGGACAGAUCACUUCCCGAGCACGAAGGUCGAACAAUUGUCUCUCAGAUGCUGCGAGCCUUGGAGUUCAUGCAUGAACGAGGUUUCACGCAUCGUGAUCUGAAGCCCGCGAACGUUAUGGUAGCCAAUUUGGGUCCAGAGUGGUGGGUCAAGCUUGCGGACUUUGGUAUCAGCAAACGAACAAUGACGGGAGGAACGGAACUCAGAAGUAUGGCCGGCACAAUGCACUUCAUGGCGCCAGAGAUUCUCCGCCUUCUGGACGACGAGCAAGAGACGCCAUACGCAUAUACUGAUUCGGUAGACAUCUGGUCAAUAGGCGUGAUCGCCUACCUUGUGUUGACUAAGGACAUGCCCUUUCCCGCCGUCGGCGACUUGGCCCGAUAUGUCAGG